AUGAACCUGGGGCCUGUAAACGACUGUGCAAAUGGUACCACAACCCGCCAGUUUGUUGGACACACAAAGGACGUUUUGAGUGUGGCUUUCUCUGCUGAUAACCGCCAGAUUGUGUCUGGCUCCCGGGACAAGACCAUCAAGCUGUGGAACACACUCGGAGUCUGCAAGUAUACCAUUCAGGAUGAAGGCCAUACUGAGUGGGUGUCUUGUGUUCGCUUCUCCCCCAACAGCAGCAACCCCAUCAUUGUCUCCUGCGGCUGGGACAAGUUGGUCAAGGUGUGGAACCUGGCCAACUGCAAGCUGAAGACCAACCACAUUGGUCACACUGGCUUCCUGAACACGGUGACUGUAUCUCCUGAUGGUUCUCUGUGUGCAUCUGGUGGAAAGGAUGGUCAGGCCAUGUUGUGGGACCUGAACGAGGGCAAACACCUCUACACCCUGGACAGUGGUGACACCAUCAACGCCCUUUGCUUCAGCCCCAACCGUUACUGGCUGUGCGCCGCCACUGGUCCCAGCAUCAAGAUCUGGGAUCUGGAAGGCAAGAUCAUUGUGGAUGAGCUGAAACAGGAAGUGAUCAGCACAAACAGCAAGGCUGAACCCCCACAGUGUACUUCGCUGGCAUGGUCUGCUGAUGGACAGACCCUGUUUGCUGGCUACACUGACAACCUGAUCAGAGUGUGGCAGGUCACUGUUGGAACACGAUAAGAUCUACUUGCUGUAGAAGUUUUGAAUAAAGAGACUCUUUGAAAAGUUUA